UCAAAUUUUUGUUUUCCUCUUUCAUCUUUCUGUUCCAAUUGAUGAUGUUAGCAUUGGUUUGAAGUGUAUUUUUUUUCUCUUUAUCUAGCUGAAAAACUUAUUUUAUAUUUGAUUUAGGCACAUUGUUUUUAAUAUAAUUUUUUUUUCCAAUUUUUAUAAUUUGCCUCCUGUGUUCUUUUUUACCUUCGAUGCCUUAAGACCUCCCUGUUGACGUCGCCGGCGACGGAGUAAACAAUCGAACCGAGAAGACGGCGGUGUGAAGUCACAGCGGAGAAUAAGACGACAAUGUUGGUGAGGAGUCGUGGAAGUGACGACAUCUGAUGGCUGCUCUGUUACUCCAUCCAUCGCAGCCUUCUUCAUCUUUUCUCCUGGAAAUCUUUCAUACAUGGAUUUAUUUAAUGAUUCAGAUUUUGAUUGGACUUUUUGAAUGGUAUAUUUGUUUAUAAUAUCUAAUUAUGUGUUUUUGAUUUGAAUAUCUCAUGAAUUUCAUUUCAGGAAGUGAUGGAGGAGAGGAGAGGACGAAGGUGAGAGGGGAUGGUGAUUUGGUAUUUUGCUAUUAUACUUUUAUAGCAAUAAUGGAAGACAAUACACACGUGAAGGGAGACAAACUCAUACUGAGGGGAUUGAUAUUCCAUGGUUUUCAUGGCGUUAAAGCAGAAGAAAGGAAGCUGGGUCAGAAAUUUCUGGUAGAUGUGGAUGCUUGGAUGGAUCUCAGAGCAGCCGGUAAAUCUGAUAAUUUGUCAGAUACAGUUAGUUACACAGAUAUUUAUCGUAUAGCGAAAGAAGUUAUGGAGGGGCCACCUCACAAUCUUCUGGAAUCAGCAGCUGAACAAAUUGCAACCAAUAUUCUGACAAAGAUCCCUCAGAUAUCCGCUGUUUGCGUGAAAGUGGGGAAGCCUCAUGUGGCAGUUCAGGGCCCUGUUGAUUACUUAGGUGUUGAGAUCUUUAGACGCAGAAGCGAUGCACUAAACUAAGACAUCAAAUACUCUUUGAGGUUCUGUAUCAUUGGGGUUUUCUGCUUAAUGAAACACUUUAUUUUCAACUCUUA